CAAACCCUAAACCCUGACAUUCAAAAUCCCCAAUUGUGAAACCGAAGAAGAUCGAAAUUUGACAAAGAAAAUGGAAGGAUUGCAGAAGGCAUACAGCAGUGCGGUAUCACAGGUGCAAGAAUCGGCGGAGAAAUUCAGCACCUACGCCUCUUCUCUGGAGAAAGCUAAACCUCUUAACUCUUCUCUUUCUUCUUCGUCGGUGGCAGCGUUAUCCGUUGACCAGUCUGGCCGAUUGGUCACCCGCUCCUCAAGGCAAUUUAUAUCAGUAGGGACUUGCUCAAAGCUUUGUGCCUUUUGCUUUGUUGCUGGAGUUUUCAUUGGCUACACUCUGAAGCGACGUGUCAAGCGCUGGGCCUCGAGAAUUCUCAGAAGGCUGAAAGAUGAUUGAAGUAGGUCAUGAAGGGGGGUAAGGAUAACCCAAAAAUUGCUUGAGGUACUCCAAAUAGGAAUAUGAGAAGACUUUCCGAAUUCUUUCGCCAGAUACAUACAGAUUGCUAGAAAAUCGCUGAAUGUUUGCACUUUUCUGGAAAACAAAUACCGACUGGUAUUCUACUUGUCGAUAAAUAUCAUUGCUCCGAAGUCGAACUUGCACCUGCAUAUGAUUACAUACUUUGCAA